UUUAUAGGUAUUGGGUUACUUUCAUUCAUAUCAUCUUUUGGUGGUAAAUUCUCUUUGCCUAUAUCUUUUCGUGAAGUUUGAGAGACUCUCUCUCCUCUUCUUGCUAAUGUUCUUCAAUUCUUGAAAAAUCUUGAAUCUCGAGUUAAACCAAAUAUAUAGUUUCUUUCUUUCUUGUAGAUAUGGCAGCCACAUCGCAAUCCAUGUUAAACCAGAGUGGGUUAUUUGAGGAGCAAGAGAUGCCUACACAAAUGGGUUUCUUUUCAUUUCCUCAAAACCUAACCUUCGCUCAAAUGGGUAAUUGCCAUCAAUCUCUGAAAGCUGCUGGUGGCUUAAUUAGUGUUACACCUCAUCAUAGUCAUAAUUCAGUCUCUGGUUCAACCGAUGCACCAUCUUCUACGACUACUACUAAUCUUACAGAAGCCCUCCUUUUCUCUGCUGCUGCUACUGCUGCAAAUAAGCAAAGAGAUGACCUUACUUCCAAUUUUGGAGGACCCCAUCUUCUUUCUUUGCAAAGAUCUAGUGCAAAUCUUUGGGCAUGGGGGGAGGUAAAUGAGUGUCUGAGCAACAAAAGAAAUGGUGGAGAUAAUGAACAUCAUUUAGGGAUUUCUGCAAUGAAAAUGAAGAAGAUUAAAGCAAGAAGGAAGGUAAGAGAGCCUAGAUUUUGUUUCAAAACUAUGAGCGACAUUGAUGUUCUUGAUGAUGGUUACAAAUGGAGAAAAUACGGCCAGAAAGUGGUCAAGAACACACUUCACCCCAGGAGCUAUUAUCGUUGCACACAAGAUAAUUGCAGAGUAAAGAAAAGAGUGGAAAGAUUAGCAGAAGAUCCACGAAUGGUGAUAACAACCUAUGAAGGAAGACAUGUACACUCUCCAUCCCACGAUCUUGAAGACUCACAAGCUCAAUCUCAACUCAACAAUUUCUUCUUUUAGUAAUACUUUUCUUAUUAUAUAUGCUUUUUCAUAUUUCUCACACCUCAUUUUCGGCUUGCUUCUUCUUGUUUAGGUGUCUUUUAUAUAUAUAUAUAUAUAUAUAUGUUUUUAGAUACUUUGAUGAGCUGUAAUAAAAUAUAAUGCAAUGUAAUCAAACGCAUAAUUAAAAAUGCAUUUGAUUACAUAGUAUUACAUUUCGUUAUAGUUCAACAAACAAAACGGUAGUGUUUAAUUCUAAGACAUUGGAAAAAGAAAAAAAUCUCAGCCGUCAAAGUAUGUAUAUCGCGGAGUUUUUGAGUCCUUUCAUGCUAGCUUCGGAUCGAUUUAAUGAAUCAGAACUUUUUUGAAGGUUUUGAUUUUUAAA